UUAUACAAUUUUGAAAUAAAAUUUUCAAUUAAUUCUUGUGAAAAUGGAAACAAAAGAUAUUAAAGAUAAUAUAAAAAGGAAGCGUGGAGACAAUUGGAUACCUGAAGAUAAGAUUUUAUUAAAGGAUCUAAUAAAGGAACGUGUUGAUCAAAUAGAGGACAAGAAUACGGACACAAACACCAACCAAAGGAAGAAAAAAGUAUGGAUGGAACUGCAAGAAAAUUUCAACAAUUUAUGUCAAGGUUGUCCACGUUCAUUGCUUCAACUGAAAUCGCAGUGGACCACAAUGAAAAUUCAAGCAAAAAAGGAAAUGAGCGAUUAUCGUAGAGAGAUUCUUAAAACUGGGGGAGGACCAAAACCAGUUGAAUCUACAUUAUUGGCCAACGAACUUAGCGUUUGGUUACCAAAUGAGUUCGUGGUUGAUACUAAUGAGUUUGAUUGUGAUGCUAUUAUUACUGAGAUAAAUACCAAUGUGUUAAAUGAAGUCAGUCAAAGUAAUUCUGCAAACUCGGAAAAAGUUGAUUUAUCUUCGGUACCAGAAGAUAAUGUAACAGUGAAUAACAAUGGAACAAUGUCGGGACAAGAAGACAAUGCAGCAGUAAAUAUUGUUAGCUCGGCUGAAAUAAAAAAUGAAUUUACCUCAGUAAAGAAAAAGAAACCAAAAACAAAUAUGCACGACGAAAAAAUUAAAUCCAUUGCUGAUAUAGAAACGCAAUGCCGCAAAGAGCUCCACAUUCUGCAAGUUGAAAAUGAGAAAAAAAGAGGUCUAAAUCUGGACCUAGAAAAUGAAUUGCUCAGAACCAAAAUAAUGAUUAACAAAAACAAAUUGGCUGGUUAGUAUUUCGUUUAAUUCAUAUAUUUAUUAUUAUAAAAAUUUAUAUUAAUAAAUGCAUAAAUAUAAAAAGCUAAAAGUGUUUUUGAAUAAAACUAUUUAAAAUAAUUUUUGACCGAGUAUCUUGUUGUUCCGUCCAAUUAUUUUGAUUUUCUUCCAUUAUAUUUUGUAUAUCAAUUGUCACAUCUAUGUUAGAAUCAUCUAAAAAUAUAUAUUUUUUACAGAUUGGGGAAAAAUGCAAGCAAAAGAAAACAGUUUAAAAUAAAUGAAUUGUUUAUAUUUUUAACAAAAUGGUAUAAUUUUUAAUUAGCAAUUAAUUUUUAUUAAUAACUAAUUUAAAUUUGUUAUUGUUAUUAUUUGUAUGCAAUUAAAAUAAAAAAACUUACUUAUCAAUUAAUAUUUUAUUGAAAUAAUUAUAUGAUUUUCUUACCUGGUGUUGUGUCCUUUUCUUCAACAGCAAUAUUGUGAAGAACAGCCAGAGCUAUAAUUAAAGUUUUUCCAUUUUCCAGACUUACUGUUAAUCCAUCCAGCAAGCAACGAAAUCUCUGCUUCCAUACCCCGAAGCAUCGUUCCACCGUAUUUCUCGUUGCUAUAUGAGCUUUAUUAUAUUUAAUCUCUUUUUCGCUUUGAGGUCUUAAUAAAGGAGUAAAGAGGUAUGGUUGCAAUUUGUAUCCUGAAUCACCUAAUAAACGACCUCUGAAAUCUUUGUUUUCAAAACGUUCUUUAAUAUUUGAUUCAUUAAAAAUGCGGCAGUCGUGUGUGCUUCCUCUCCAUCUAGCAACUAUGUCCCUUAUUUUAAGGUUAGCAUCACAAACGACCUUUGCAAAUAUUAAAAUGGGGCAAAUUAUUACAAAAUUCAUUUCAAAUACAUAAUUAUAAGGAUAUACCUGUAUAUUGAGAGAAUAAUACCCCUUUCUGUUUAUAUAAUAUUGGGCAAGACUUCCACCUGUUUUCUUUAUUUUUAUGUGGGUGCCGUCUAUUGCACCAAUAAUUCCAGGAAAAUUUUUU